UAGAAUUAUUUUGACACCGCUACCAUUUUAUACUUUAGUUUUGAAGGUCUUUCAGAAAUGAAAUGCGAGUUUAUUGGAAAGAGAAUUAGAAUCGGCAGAGAGAAGAUAUGGCGGAUUUCAUGACAUCAACUCAUAAAACCAAGUGGAUUUAUACUCCCCAAGAUAUUAAACAUAAGUAUAAAGUUGCUAAUCAAAGGGCGAAACAAGCACUAGAGAUGUUUGGAACAACUCGAAUGGAAGUUGAUAUUGAUGGGACUUUCUCGUAUGCUGAAAGUCAAAAUGACGCAAAAGAUAAUGCUGAAAAGCGUCCUAAACCACUCAAAGUUGAAGAAGAACAACUUCUAAGGGCUUUCUAUGAAUUCAAAAUUCAAGACGUCUGUGAUGCCUUUAAGUUCCCGCGUAAGAUUCAGGCAACAGCUCUCAUUUAUUUUAAGAGGUUUUAUCUGCUAUGGUCCGUGAUGGAACAUCACCCCAAAGACAUUAUGUUAACGUGUAUAUAUGCAGCUUGCAAGGCAGAGGAAAAUCAUGUAUCAGCUGAGGAGCUUGGUAAGGGGAUUGGACAGGAUCAUCAUGUAAUCCUCAAUAAUGAGAUGCUAGUUUUUCAGAGUCUAGGAUUUGAUCUGAUUGCUUAUGCUCCAUAUCGUGCACUUGAAGGUUUUAUCAGUGAUUUAGAGGAGUUCUGUGGAGCUCAAGAUGAUGACCAGCUUGUGGCACUGAAGGGUGCACUUGAUACUGCUAGGAUUGAAGCAGAUAAGAUUAUGCGUAGUGAUGGACCACUUCUAUUCCCACCUGGGCAGUUGGCAUUGGCAGCUCUGCAUAGAGCUAAUGCAGCGCAUGGCAUAUUCGAUUUUGAGAGGUCUCAGUCCCUUUCUCAUUUGGACAGAUCCACAAUAAUCCGGUACCUGAGAAGUGUCCUAUCACAUCAUGAUCAGCCAGGUCAUGCCAUUUCAGAACUUACUGGUUCUAUAAACGCCAUUGAUUCUUUGAUUGGUAAACUUUUGACUCCGACUUCCAAAGAUGUGAAGCACAUUGAUCGGAAACUCAAAUCCUGUCUUGAUCCGGGUUCACAUGACAAGAGUAAAAAAAGGAAGCAUAGAUCCAAAGAUAGCUCAAAUGAGGUUACAGACAUCUCUUAAGCUGCUCUUAACUCAAGUUUGUAGCUUCAAGCAUAUGUUAUUUGGCCGGUGGAAAUAGUUCCUCAUCACAGUUUCCUAAUAUAGAGCAAAAAUUCAAGUCAGACUGGAAAACACGGUCUACUACAUUUGCAUCAGGUUUGAGAGAAGAAGAAGACGCGGAAAUGGGAUCAACGUUUAUGAUUCUCCGCAUUGAACUCAUUGUAUUGUUAAAAUUACGGGUUUUGAUCUUAUAUUUGUUGAGAUUUUAGUAGAUAUAUCUUUACUCCAUAUCGAAAGUUAUGAUUCAGAUGAACCUGUAGCCAAAAGGCAACAUCUGUCCCCCGAGAAGAUCGCAUUGUUAAAGAUGUGUACGUAUGACUGGACAAAUGUGUCUGUUUUAUAUUACAUUUUUGGUCUUAUAUUUACUAAUUCUAAUUUUUUUUCAA